AUGAGCAUAUCAAAUUCUUGCGUGUUCCAAGGGCAAAAUGUCCAGUUGAUGACUAUUGCGUCUUUGAGUGGGAGUGAACGAUGGAGAGUCCUUGAUGCAGUGAAGCGGGCAGAGAAAAGAACAUUUCCUCGCAAGGAGGCAAUGGACUUUGAUACCGAGCUAAAGAGGAGGAAUACUCAUCUUUACUGUGCCGUCAUUGACCUCAAAAACGAGGUGCAGCUCGUUGCUUACAUUGUCUGUGCGUGUCUGAAGAAAGUCACGUUCCUCCAUAAGGUCUGUGUGCUUGAGCAGUACCGAAGGCACGGCAUUGCUAAAUGGAUGAUUUGCAAGCUCCAAGACGACCUUGGCGGACAAGGUUGUGAAAGUAUCAAGUUAUGGGUUGACGAAGACCGUGAGCCGGCUUGUCUUCUUUACGCCUCCUGCGGUUUCGAACAAGUCGGCCGUGUGGAGGACUAUUAUGCUCCGGGCAGGGCAGCGUUGAGCAUGGUCUCUGCCCUAGACGACAACCCUUAAGCGUGUCUACCUGG